UCACUCGGUGACUUCGUCUACCAGCUGCAUUUGAUUUGAUCCCUUCAAACCACGACGGCGCCGUGUUCUGAAACUUUCCCUGAAAAUUCACCCUACGUAGUAACGCUUCAUUAUGAAGCAAACAAUAACUUCUCUCCGUUAAAUUAAACGGUGAGCGCGCUAUAUACAUACGCCGCGAAACACCACUUGAUCAAACUGAAUUACCCCAAAAUAUACAUCGACUCGAACACUGCCGACUCAGUGAGUUAAGCUCGAUCGCCGAUGGUUCCAGAAUCGUUCUUAUACAGCUUCGUAGCUCGGGGCACGGUGGUAUUGGCUGAGUCGCACACCGAGUUCGCCGGAAACUUCCGCCAGAUUGCCCUGCACCGCCUCCAGGAACUCCCUUCCUCCGCCGACAGAUUCACUUACAACUAUCAUCGCCAUACUUUCACCUUCCUAGUCGAAGAAGACUACACUUACUGUGUCGUCGUCAAUGGAUCACUCGGGACGCAAUCUUCUAUUGCAUUUCUGGAGAAUGUAAAGACAGAUUUCAAGAGAAGAUAUGGCGGUGGGAAGGCAGAUACAGCUGCCGCCAACAGUCUAGAUAAGGAGUUUGGGCCGGUUAUGAAAGAGCAGAUGCAGUAUAUGAUGGACGAAAUUGAGAAAGUGCAGAAAGUAGCCCAAGUUUCACAAGUUCUGGAGAAAGUAGCCCAAGUUUCACAAGUUAAAUGUGUUAUGUACGACAAUAUCGUCAAGGCUUUUGAAAGUGAUAAGACUAUUAAUCUGCCAUACAAUCCGGAUGAACUACGUGGUUCGACCCAAGUAUUCCGAGUAACAACCAAUCAAAUCCAUCGCAACAUAUGGCGCCACACCAUGAAAAUAAAGUUGGUUGCAAUAGGAAUCAUCUUCCUCAUGGUGCUGCUCAUAAUUUGGCUUUCUAUUUAACGUGACUUAACUCUGAUGAAUGGUAUAUUGUGCUAUCGUAAAUUGUGAUUUAAAAAAAAAAAAAUCUUAUAAUUUUGAAAUUUAAUAAAUUUGUAUCUAGUAGUUGGUUUAAUGUAGUUUAUAACCGAAGC